GCUCUGUAUCAGACUCAUUCUUGGGUAUCGACUUCAUUACGCUCAGUCUACCUGCAUUGUCUCCUAAUAAUUGCGUGUUCACCAGUGGAAGAACCCUCUGCUGGUCACGACGGGGCGUUUGAUCAUGUGUCCGGAUCCCCGGACGCUCUAAUUGACCCUAAAUCCCGCUCCUGUUUGUUUUGCUGUUGUGGAGGAGCGUCUCCGGGAGGACCGGCGUUUUAGGUGUUGGGGGGCGGAAGAAAACUGCUGAGCUCCGCAAAGAAGUUGCCCGAGGCGGACGAGACCCCGAGGAGCCCCGGGAGGAGGCUCCACGCGGUGUCGGACGGCGUUUUUAGUCAGGCUCUGCUGAUGAUGUGACUCGUGGAUUACAGCCUCUCACCUGCUACACAUCCGCCCAGCGCUCCUUUCGCCGUCGCCGCCUCUUCUGGAGUACGAUUGGCUCAUGGGGCUCGGCUAGCUCCGCCCCUGGGGUCCGACUCCCCCCGACCUCUGUUGACCUACAGGAAGAGAAGACAGGUUUAGGAAUCCUCCUCUGGAGGCCUCUUCCCUCUCACCCGCGUCCUCACCCAUCAUGGAGGCCCAGCGGCGCCGCGCUCCCCCGCCGUCUCCCCCCGUGCUCCUCCUCCUCGCGGCCUCCACCUGCGCUUGGCUCCUCCCUGUCGCCGCCAACCAGCGGAUCCCCAUCGACCCCCAGGCGGCCCCAGAGUACGCUCACUCCAUCCGGCUGGACGGCGACAUCAUCUUAGGCGGAUUAUUUCCCGUGCACUCCCGGGGGGACCGCGGCACGCCCUGCGGCGAGCUGAAGAAGGAGAAGGGCAUCCACCGCCUGGAGGCCAUGAUGUUCGCCAUCGACCUGAUCAACAAGGACCCGGAGCUGCUGCCCAACAUCACGCUGGGGGCCCGGAUUUUGGAUACCUGCUCCAGGGACACGUACGCUCUGGAGCAGUCGCUGACUUUCGUGCAGGCCUUGAUAGAGCGGGACGGCUCCGACGUCCGCUGCGCUAACGGAGACCCUCCGAUCUUCACCAAGCCCGAUAAGAUUGUGGGGGUGAUCGGAGCGGCGGCCAGCUCCGUGUCCAUCAUGGUCGCCAACAUCCUGCGCCUGUUUAAGAUCCCUCAGAUCAGCUACGCCUCCACGGCCCCAGAACUGAGCGACAACACUCGUUACGACUUCUUCUCCCGAGUGGUGCCGCCGGACUCUUACCAGGCCCAGGCCAUGAUGGACAUCGUCACGGCGAUGGGUUGGAACUACGUGUCCACGCUGGCCUCGGAGGGCAACUACGGCGAGAGCGGCGUGGAGGCGUUCAUCCAGAUCUCGAGGGAGACCGGUGGUGUGUGUAUCGCCCAGUCCUUAAAGAUACCUAGGGAGCCCAGGCUAGGGGAGUUUGACAAGAUCAUCAGACGCCUGCUGGAGACCUCCAACGCCAGGGCCAUCAUCAUGUUUGCUAAUGAGGACGACAUACAGCGGGUUCUGGAUGCGGCGAAGCGGAACAACCAGACCGGCCACUUCCUGUGGGUGGGCUCAGACAGCUGGGGGUCCAAGAUCUCACCUGUGAUUCGCCAAGAGAAAGUGGCCGAGGGAGCCAUCACCAUUCUUCCCAAACGAGCCUCUGUAGAUGCGUUUGACCGGUAUUUCCGCAGCCGCUCACUGUCCAACAACAGGAGGAAUGUUUGGUUUGCUGAAUUCUGGGAGGAGAACUUCAACUGUAAGCUGGGGAUGCACGGCAAACGCCCUGGUAGCCUCAAGAAGUGCACAGGCUUGGAAAAAGUCGGCCGUGAUUCCAGUUAUGAGCAGGAGGGGAAGGUUCAGUUCGUGAUGGACGCGGUGUACGCCAUGGCCCACGCUCUGCACCGCAUGCACCGGGAGCUGUGCUACGGGUACCCAGGCCUCUGCCCGCGCAUGGCCAGCAUUGAUGGCAAGGAGCUGCUGAGCCACAUACGCGCCGUCAGAUUCAAUGGAAGUGCCGGUACGCCAGUGGUUUUCAAUGAGAACGGAGACGCCCCAGGUCGAUACGACAUCUUCCAGUACCAGAUCACCAACAGAUCCAUGGCUGAGUAUAGAGUCAUCGGCUCCUGGACCAAUAAGCUCCACCUCAAGGUGGAGGCCAUGCGUUGGAGGACAGGGGACCCGUCCCUCCCGGCCUCUGUGUGCAGCGUCCCGUGCCGGGCGGGGGAAAGGAAGAAAGUGGUGAAGGGGGUUCUAUGCUGCUGGCACUGUGAGCGCUGUGAGGGCUACCACUACCAGGCGUCAGAGUUCACCUGCGAGCUGUGUCCGUACGAGAUGCGGCCCGACGCCAACCGCACCGGCUGCGUUCCCAUCCCCAUCAUCAAGCUGGAGUGGCACUCCCCGUGGGCCGUCUUCCCCGUCUUCAUCUCCAUGCUGGGCAUCGUCGCCACGUCCUUCGUCAUCGUCACCUUCGUGCGCUACAACGACACGCCCAUCGUGCGCGCCUCGGGCCGGGAGAUGAGCUACGUGCUGCUGACAGGGAUCUUCCUGUGCUACGCCAUCACCUUCCUGAUGAUCGCCACGCCGGACGUGGGCGUGUGCUCCUUCAGGAGGAUCUUCCUGGGCUUGGGGAUGUGCUUCAGCUACGCCGCCCUCCUCACCAAGACCAACAGGAUACAUCGCAUCUUUGAGCAGGGGAAGAAGUCCGUAACAGCACCCAGGUUCAUCUCUCCAGCCUCCCAGCUCGUCAUCACCUUCUCCCUGAUCUCAGUUCAGCUCCUUGGAGUCUUUGUGUGGUUCGUGGUGGACCCUCCUCACACUGUCGUGGAUUACGGUGAGCAGCGCACCCAGGACCCCGUGGCCGCACGCGGCGUCCUCAAGUGCGACAUCUCGGACCUGUCCCUCAUCUGCUCCCUGGGCUACUCCAUCCUGCUGAUGGUGACGUGCACCGUUUACGCCAUCAAGACACGAGGCGUGCCCGAGACCUUCAACGAGGCCAAGCCCAUCGGCUUCACCAUGUACACCACGUGCAUCAUCUGGCUGGCGUUCAUACCCAUCUUCUUUGGCACGUCACAGUCUGCAGAGAGGAUGUACAUCCAAACCACCACCCUGACCAUCUCCCUCAGCCUGUCUGCCUCUGUGUCUCUGGGGAUGCUCUACAUGCCCAAGGUCUACAUCAUCCUGUUCCACCCCGAGCAGAACGUUCCCAAACGAAAACGUAGCUUCAAGGCCAUCGUGACAGCCGCCACCAUGUCAGGAAAGCUGACCCAGAAAGGAGGAGACCGGCCCAACGGAGAGGUGAAGACUGAGCUAUGUGAGAGCAUGGAGACCAACAGUGACUUUAUCAACUAAGACGACAUACGUCAGCUACAGCAAUCAUGCCAUCUAAAGGGACCACGAAAGACCAGGAAGGGGAUUGGACUGGAAACGGGGGGCGUGUCUUGGGGGUUGGGCCAAGCGAAAGAAGGAGCUGUCAUUCAAAGGCGUUUGGCUGAAGAACUGGCAGAGACAGAACCCAAUGGAAUCCAAGCAUGAGACAUUUUGUAUUGUUCCGCAUCAAACCACGAAGAGGUGGGACCACAUAAACAGCCAAUCAGUGUGCCUGCUUCCCCGCUGCUCACAGCUCAUUGGUCCUACCAUGAACUUACCUGUUUGAAAAUAAAAAAGAGACACGUGAUAAAAGUGACAUACCAUAGGUCACUGCUGUGGACAAAGUAACCAUCAAAACCUACAAAAAGAAAAAAAAAUUAUAAAAUGAAAAAUAUAUAAAUAUAUAUAUAAAAAUCAAAACUCUCUGAAACCCUGUAGACAUUAUAUCUAAAAGGGCAAAGAUGGGAACGGGAAAGAGGUUUAAUAGAUUACAUUUUAAAAGAUAUUUAAAAAGAGAAGUGUAAGAGAAAAUCUAUGAGACUAAAACAUGUUUGUUGUUAUUCUCUACUCGUAAGUAUUUUUGUGGUCGUGACGAUUUUUCAUUCUUGUCUCACCGUUGUCUGAUGGAUCGCCCUUGCAUAAUGAGAUGAGUGUGUUUCCUUCUGCUGUCUUGGCUAACCAGGUCGUAGCCUUGGGUCGUGAACCUGUAAAAUGCCAUGGUUGAAGCAUGCCAGUUUUUAUACAACAAGGAGAUUUAUUUAUAAUAAAGGAAUGUUUUGCAAAUGUGUA